ACAUGAAUCGACAGCAACAGCACACGACACACGUGUUGUUUUCAUUUCGGCUCGGCUCGGCUUACGAAAAAUUGACGGGAAAACGCCUAAGAUUUUCAGCACUGUUUUCUUCAACAAUCGACGCCAAAAUUUGCCUUUCUUUUUGAAUUUUCAAUCUAAUUUAGUGUGAAGUAUGGAUGAUGUUGUGCAAAAAUAUCAGAAACGAGCUCAAGAAGCGGAGUUAAAAGUCAAGGAACUUGAGCGCGAGAUCGACGGCUUGGUUGCUUUGGUGAAUGGAGGAAAUAAUGCAUCUGAAAGUUCAGAGGGUUCUCCUGAACUGUCUGCACUGCAAUUAGAGAAUACGAAAUUAAAGCACAGACUGAGCAUCCUGAAAAAGGCAAUUGAGAAGGAAGCAUCUUCAGGUGCAGUGAAAUCCUCCAAACUGUCCAAGGUAAAGAAAGUGGAAGGCUCCGGGAUGGUCAGCGUCCAGGAACUUAUGAACGGCAUUUUUGCCGAGGCCAUUCAAACUGCUUACCCUGACUUGCCGGAAGGGCCAGUGGUCAUUAUGCCGUCAAGUAACAGCAGAUUCGGAGAUUACCAGUGCAACUCAGCUAUGUCCAUGGCACAGGCACUCAAAGCUCAAGGUUUGAAAGCCGUUCCGAGAGAUAUUGCCAAGAAGAUUGUUGACAAUGUCCCUGCAAAUGAACUCAUCGCCAAGUUAGAGAUUGCCGGUGCCGGCUUCAUCAACAUCACUCUGAAGAAGGAGUUUGGACACAAGGCCUUGAAGGACAUCCUCAUCAAAGGGGUCCAACCACCGCAAUGUGAAAAAAGGCUCAGGGUUGUGUGCGACUUUUCGUCUCCCAACAUUGCUAAGGAAAUGCACGUGGGGCACUUGAGGUCCACCAUUAUUGGUGAGAGUAUCUGCCGAUUGCUUGAAUAUCUCGGCCACGACGUUGUUCGAGUCAACCACGUCGGCGAUUGGGGAACUCAAUUUGGAAUGCUAAUUGCCCACUUGGAGGACAAGUUCCCUGACUUCAGAACAGUUUCGCCGCCAAUCGCUGAUCUCCAAGCAUUUUACAAGGCAACCAAAAUCAGAUUUGACUCAGAUGAGGCAUUUAAAAAAAGGGCCUACGCAUGUGUGGUGAAGUUGCAGGCUAAAGAACCCGACUACAUCAAAGCGUGGCAACUGAUUUGUGAUGUAUCCAGGAAAGCCUUCCAGAUUAUUUAUGACAGACUGGACAUCACUCUGAAAGAAUUUGGAGAGUCGUUCUAUCAUGAAAGAAUGAUUGAAGUUGUUGAGCAUUUGAAAAAAGGAGGCUAUUUGGAGGAGGACGAGGGUCGUCACAUCAUGUGGGCUGAAAACUUCAAAGUUCCUUUGACCAUUAUCAAAUCUGACGGUGGAUUUACCUAUGAUACUUCAGACAUGGCCUGUGUAAAGUACAGAGUACACGAAGAAAAGGGUGACUGGCUCAUCUAUGUUGUGGACGCUGGACAAUCUACUCACAUUGAGACCAUAUGGGCCUGCGCUGAGCGUUGUGGAUACAUUGACUCUAAGAAAACAAGGCUCGACUUCAUUGGCUUUGGUGUUGUUUUGGGAGAGGAUAAAAAGAAAUUCAAGACUCGAUCUGGUGACACCGUCCGUCUAAUUGACUUGCUUGACGAAGGUUUGAAAAGGGCCAAGGAAAAGUUAAUUGAGAAAGAGCGUGACAAAGUUUUGAAUGAAGAAGAACUUAAGGCUGCUCAAGAGUCUGUGGCUUACGGCUGCAUCAAGUACUCAGAUCUUUCGCACAACAGAAAUCAUGAAUAUGUCUUUUCCUUUGAUAAGAUGUUGGAGGAUAAAGGUAACACAGCUGUCUACCUUCUCUACGCCUACACUCGAAUUUGCUCCAUCGCCAGGAAUGCAAAUGUCAGCCCUGAGCAGUUACGAGAGGCUGCGAAGAAUACUCCCAUCUCGCUGGACCACGAGAAAGAGUGGAAUCUGGCCAAAGUUCUCCUCAGGUUCCCUGAGGUGUUGAUCAAGAUUACCAAGGACCUGUUGUUGCACCAACUUUGCGAGUUUGUCUACGAGGUCAGCACAUCUUUCAGCGAGUUCUAUGACAGCUGCUAUUGUGUAGAGAAAAAUUCUGCUGGAGAAAUUGUGAAAGUCAACAUGGGCCGACUGCUGCUUUGUGAAGCUACAGCAUCGAUCAUGGCCAAAUGCUUCCACAUCCUCGGACUGAAGCCUGUUGCACGCAUGUGAAUGUGUUCACAAAUUUAUUACUUUUUUCCAUGGGGAAUCUAAUUUAAAAAUAAAUUUUUCCAUUUUGAAAAUGGAUAUUACUCAGUACCAAAAUGAUUA